AUGUUGGAAGGACUGGUUGCCGGGCUGCUGAACCGCUUUCUGGGCAUGUACGUCAAGAACUUUGACCCUACCCAGCUCAAAGUCGGUAUCUGGUCUGGCGAUGUCAAGCUGCGCGACCUCGAGCUCCGCCGCGAGGCCCUUGACCAGCUCAAGCUCCCCAUAAACGUUGUCGAGGGCCACCUGGGCCAAUUAACGCUCGUCAUCCCGUGGUCCAACCUGGGCGGCGCGCCCGUCAAGAUCUUCAUCGAGGAUGUCUUCCUGCUUGCCUCCCCCAAGGAGGAGGCCGAGUACGAUGAGGACGAGGAGGAACGUCGAAAGCAGCGGGUCAAGAUGGAGAAGCUCGACUCGGCCGAGCUGCUCAAGGAGAGGAACCAAGAGGGCCUGAGCCAGGAAGAACAGCAGCGGACACAGAGUUUUACCGAGAGCCUCGUCACCAAGAUCGUCGACAACCUCCAGGUCACGGUCAAGAACAUCCACGUUCGGUACGAGGACGCGAUAUCGGCUCCGGGCCAUCCCUUCGCAUUGGGUGUCACUCUGGACGAAUUCAGUGCCGUGAGCACCGACGGCAAUUGGAAACCCAUGUUCAUCAACGACCCGACCAAAACCACACAUAAGCUGGCGACGCUGGGAGCAUUGGCUGUCUAUUGGAAUACAGACACAUCGCUGAUAGGCCCUGGGCGCGAGGCUUCUACCCCCGACAACGAGCAGCUGCCGCACGACGAGGUGCUCAGCCAGUUCAAGUCCAUGAUCACCAAAGGCAGCGAAGUCGGUGCGGCAUCUAGCAGGCACCAGUUCAUCCUCAAGCCUGUGAACGGACAGGCAAAACUCGAGCUCGACAAGACGGGCGACACAAAGGUCCCGAAGUUCAAGGCGAACCUACUCUUUGACGAAAUCGGCUUGGUAUUGGAUGACGACCAGUACCGCGACGCGCUGAUGAUGGUCGACCUGUUCCACUACUUCGUCCGCCACCAGGAGUACAAGAAGUAUCAGCCGAAGGGUGUCACGGCAAAGGAGGAUCCCCGCGCGUGGCUCAAGUUUGCCGGAAAUGCCGUGCUUAGCAAGAUCCACGAACGGAACCGGAGGUGGUCCUGGGACUACUUCAGAGAACGACGCGAUGACCGGAAGCGGUACAUGGAGCUCUUCAAGAAGAAGAAACAGAACCAGCAACUCUCGCCCGACGACAAUGCCGACCUGACCAGGCUCGAGUGGAAGCUGGACUACGAGGAUCUGAGGUUCUGGCGAUCGCUAGCCCGAAACGAGCUGAAGAAGGAGAACGCCGAGGCGUUGAGGAACAAGCCAGCCGCCCAAAACCAGCAACACCAAGGCUGGUUCUCCUGGGCGUGGGGUUCAAAGCCCCAAGAGCUUCCGUCAGACGCCGAGGAGAACACGCAGAUCACCGAGGAGCAGCGAAAAGAGCUGUACGAGGCCAUCGACUGGGACGAGAAAACUGCCUUGGCCGCAGAAGUCGAUCUUCCGAGAGAUACCGUCAAGAUGCAGAUCGAGGCCUCUCUGAGCACCGGCAGCUUCACCCUGAGACAGAACCCACACGGCGAUUCCAGGGACCUACUAAGCCUCCACUUCGACGUCUUCAAGGCAAAGGGCUUGAAGCGACCCGACUCGUUCCUGGCCGAACUCAGCCUGGGCGGCCUGCGCGUCAACGAUGGAACCACACCGAACAGCUUGUUCACCGAGAUUGUCAGGGUCAAGGACGCACCCGAUAGCAAGAAGCAGAAGCGGCUGUCGAUUGCCGAGCUCGAGCAGAAGAGCCAGGAGCCGUUCUUCCAAUUCCAGGUCGAGCAGAACCCCCUGGAUGGCCAAGGCGACGUUGCCCUGACGGCCAAGCUGAAGCCGCUGGAGGUCGUGUGGAACCCGAAUCUCAUCAUCGGAGUGGUGAACUUCUUCAGACCGCCAGAGCGGCACAUGGAGUCCAUCGCGGCUCUCAUGGAAACAGCGGGCGCCACAGUCGAGGGUCUGCGCGAACAGACUCGUGCGGGCCUCGAGUUCGCUCUAGAGGAGCACAAGACGAUCAAUGCCAAGCUAGACCUGCAAGCGCCGCUCAUCAUCAUCCCCCAAAGCAUCACGACGAAGAGAUCCCCAUGCCUGAUCCUAGACGCCGGCCACAUCAGUGUCAACAGCGAGCUGGUCGACAAGGACACCAUGAAAGAGGUCCAGUCGAAGCAGCACCAGUCAUACACAGAAGACGAUCUCAGGAAGCUGGAAUCACUCAUGUACGACCGCUUCAUCGUGAAGCUCACCUCUACGCAGCUGCUCAUAGGGCCAUCGAUCGAGGAAACGAAGAAGCAGCUGACCGAGAAGGACGAGGAGCUUCCGAUGCAUAUCGUCCAAGAGCUCACCGUCGAUUUUGUCGUCGAGAUCUCCAUUCUCCCCAAGGCCCCGAACCUCACGAGGCUGAAGGUCUCGGGCCACCUCCCCGUCCUCCACGCGACCGCUUCCGAUGCAAAAUACAAGAGCCUCAUGCGGAUCAUCGACGUUGCCAUCCCGAAGCUCGGUGAGGCCCAGUCCCAGGAGCGGGCAGCCCAGGACCACGCGACUCGGAGGCCUAGGGGUCUUAGCACUGCGUCGACUCGUUCACGGAAGGAAGACGACCGUCGGCAGUCGUCACAGUUUCUGGCCCUCUCGACACAGCAGCAGGCCAUCAUCAUCGACGACGACGAUCUCGAUGAUGACAGCGACCAGUACGAGGAUGCAAAAGAUGGCGCCGGCCAUGAGAAGCUGAAGAUGCAGCAGCGCAGCUUCGAGUUCAAGUUUGCCGUGGACAAGCUGCAGGGCUCGCUCUACCGCAGCGAUCCGGAGGGCAAGAGGCCGGACCAGCUGCUAGUUGAGCUGGUAGCCGAGAAUUUCGACCUCGAGUUCUACUUGCGGCCAUACGACAUGGUUGCCGAAGUCUCGCUGGGGUCCGUGACGGUGGACGAUUUUGUCGACAACCCGCCGGCCGAGUUCAAGUCCAUUGUCACAUCUGGCGACGUCGAAGAUCGGAAACAGCAGCGGGACUUGGUGCACGUCAAAUAUGUCAAGGUCAAGAAGGAGUCACCGGAAUUCAUGCCCGUGUACGAAGGCGUGGAAACCAACGUCAAUGUCGCGAUCUCCACCAUCAACCUCGUCAUCACUCGAAAGACGCUUCUGACCCUGCUCGACUUCAUCCUCAUCACCUUCACCAACAAUGGCAACGCGAAUGCUAGCCCCCAAAAGGCGAUUACAGAUACCGAGUCCGAGACGGACAUCGAGGUAGAGCCGCCCUCCCCAACAGCCGGGCAGAACGAGGGCGGUGCCAUCAGGGUCAAGGUAGAUCUCAAGACUAUCAGGCUGAUCCUCAACAACGACGGAAUUCGGCUUGCCACCCUUUCAUUCAACCAUGCCGACGUCGGCGUCUUCCUCCUCGGAAAGACGAUGCGCGUCUCCACCAAGCUUGGCGACCUCAGCUUGGUCGACGAUGUGGACCAAGGCGUGUCCGAGGAGUCGGCCUUUCGACAACUCAUCACCAUCCAGGGCGACGGGCUCGCCGACGUGCGCUACGAGACGUUUGACUCCGACAACCCAGACCUGUACCCGGGCUAUGACUCGUCUAUCUAUCUGCGUGCCGGUUCGAUCAAGCUGAACUUCGUCGAGGAGCCGUUCCGCAAGAUUGUGGACUUCCUCGUCAAGUUUGGCAAGAUGCAGGCCAUUUACAACGCCGCGCGACAGGCCGCCGCCAACCAAGCCAACCAGCUGCAGCAGAGCAACAGCCGCAUCAAGUUCGACAUCAUUGUCAAGACCCCCAUCGUCGUUUUUCCGCGAGCCGUCGUCACGGGCCAAUCGAAGAGGGACCUUAUGACCGCUUACCUGGGAGAGAUAUACGCGCAGAACAAAUUUGCCGCCCUCGACGACUCGGAAAAGUCCGAGAUCGCCACCAAGGUCUCUACCGGCAUCCGCAACAUCAGGCUGACGUCCUUGUUCCACUAUCCCGGGGACGACUCGGAGGAGCUAGAGCUCAUCGACCACGUCGAUCUGGGCUUCGAUAUCACCUACGCCGAGCACAGAAAGGGCUCCAAGCGGCCAGAUCUCGAGGUGCGGGGGAGCAUGACAGACAUAAAUCUUCGCAUAACGCCGUACCAGCUCAGGUUCCUCCUCGAGCUGUCCCGGUCUGUGCCUGCCGUGUUCUCCGGAGAUGCAACCCAGAGGGCCGAGGAGGCCGAGCAUGACGUUGACACGGCAACCCUGGAACGAGCGCGGACGAUACCUAGCGCGGGCAACGAUGGAGAUGGAGACCAGCAGGCUGACCUGAGCCCCGAGCUUGCCCCACAUGGCGAGACCUGGACGGCGUUAGAUCUCGUCUUUGAGGUGCAGACUAUCGGGUUGGAGCUCAUCAGUGCCCGUCAAGACCUGCCUGUGGGGAGCCUGGACACGGCCAGUCUGAGCAGCUUCUCGCUGGACAAGAGCAGGCUCAAGACACGGAUGCUGUCGGACGGCAGUUUGGAGGCAGAAUUCGUCAUCCAGGCCUUCAGCAUCCACGACAGCCGACCCAGGGAGACCAACAAAUUCCGGAGGAUCAUGGCGAGCAGGAACAAGGACGUGCAACAAUUCAUGGCGAGCUUGACCAUGAGCGGCGGCAGGCAGAGGGACGUCAUCGCCAUGGUGGCCAUUGAUAGCCCGCGCAUCAUCUUCGCCCUGGACUAUCUGUUUGCCAUCCAGCAGUUCGUAUCGGUUGGCAUGCAGGUCGACGAGCCGAGCCCUGCCGACGAGGACAGCCCUCUGGGGAGCCCCGAGGAUAUGAGCGAUGCAGACUCGAUGCAGGUCAGCUUCACGGGCAGACGAUCCCAGAGCAGCGGGCCCAGCAACGCAGGAGAGGAAGUGCAGCAGGACAGCAAGGCAGACGAGACGAAGAUGAACAUCUCGUUCCGAGCAAACGUGGUGGACGCCCAGGUCAUCCUCAUCGCCAACCCGCUGAGUUCCAGCUCCGAGGCGAUUGUGCUGGGCACCAAGCAGGUGCUUCUAUCGCGGCAGCAUGCGUUGACAUUCCAGGUCUCCGAGGUUGGCAUGUUUCUGUGCCGCAUGGACCGGUUCGACGACACCCGGUUAAGGAUCAUCGACGACUUUUCGAUUCAGAUGUCCAUGGACAGCUCACAGCCGUCGCUGACGAGCUUGCACGUGGACAUCGAGCCCCUGGUUCUCCGGCUGUCGCUGCGAGACGUCCUUCUAGCCAUGCAGAUCAUCAGCAAGGCGUCCGAGAUGACCAGCGGCGAAACGAAAGACCCGAAAGCAACCGCUGUAGACGAAAAAGCUAGACAGCUCAAGCGGGCUGGCAUGAAGCAGCGAACCGCCAGCGGCAGAGGACAGUCAACAGUGGGCGCCUCGAGGUCGAUGGCCGCCACUGCGAAGCCCGGUACAGUAGCCAGACAUGGGUCGGAGAACCAACCCCACGAUGUCGUGAAAGCGCCGCGCCAUUACGAAGAGCUCACCGCCACUAUCGACGGCAUCCGCCUAGUCCUAAUUGGCGAUGUUCACGAGCUUCCCAUUCUCGACAUCAGCGUCAAAAACUUCACUGCCACGGCCGAGAACUGGACGUCGGAUCUCAAGGCGGAAGCGGCCAUUGAUACGUACAUCAAUGUCUACAACUUCUCCAAGUCGGCCUGGGAACCACUGCUAGAGCCGUGGCAGGUGGGACUGGGAGUUGCGCGAGAGCAGAGUACGGGCUUGUUCUCUAUUGACGUGGCGUCCAAGCGAACCUUCGAUGUCACAAUCACCACCGCCACCAUCGCCCUGGCUUCCACCUCGUUUGCCUUCCUGACCCAAGACCAGGAUGUGCUGAGCAAGCCUCGUAGGACGGAGGCGCCGUACCGCAUCCAGAACUACACGGGCUUUGAUGUCGUCGUUCACGCCAAGGCUGCGAACGACGAGAGUACGGCUCUGCGCCUGGAAGAUGGCCAAGAGGCGCCGUGGAGCCUGGAGAACUGGGAGAAGAUGCGCGAGAACCUGCUUGCCGAGAGCACGACUGCCGGUAGCGUUUCCGUCUCGCUCGAAGGCAGCGGUUUCGACACGGUGAAGAAUAUCCGGCUUAGCCGUGAAGGGGAGAUCCUCUACGGCCUCAAGCCCAAGACGGACCAGGUCCAACACCGACUCCUCGUCGACGUCAAGCUCGGCAAGGACAACCUGAAGUACGUCACGCUGCGCAGCCCGUUGUCUGUCGAGAACGCGACCCAGAUCCCGAUCGAGCUGGGCGUGUUCGAUGCGCAGGAAGGCCAUCUCCUGAAGAUCGAGAAGAUCCCCCCCGGCGAGAGCCGGCCGGCGCCUGUUGGCGCCGUGUACCUGAAAAGUCUCCUCGUGCGGCCGGACUCGGGCUUCGGCUAUUCGUGGAGCAGCGAGACGUUGUGGUGGCGAGACCUGCUCAAGAGGCCGACGAGGACCAUGAUGUGCAAGGGCGAACACGGCGAGCCGUUCUACUUCCAGCUCAAUGCCAGCUUUGAUCGGACAAACCCGCUGACCAGGAAUUACCCGUACAUGCACCUCAAGCUUUCAGCCCCAGUGACGCUGGAGAACCUCUUGCCAUAUGACUUCAAGUACCGCAUCUACGACAAGAACACCAAGAAGGACUGGUCGAACUUUCUGCGUAAGGGAGGGGUCAGCCCCGUGCAUAUCGUCGAGCUGUCUCACCUCCUUCUACUGAGCAUCGACAUGCAAGACUCGUCGUUCAAACCCAGCGAGUUUGCCAUCAUCAACUCGGGCACCGCCGAAGACUUCAAAAAGGAGACGCAUCUUGUCUGCAAGGACGCCGAGGGCCUGAGCCUGAGCCUCAGGUUGCAUUACCACCGCAUCCCCGACAGCGGUGGCGCCUUCAAGGUCACCGUCUACAGCCCCUAUGUGAUCCUGAACAAGACAGGACUGGACCUGAGCAUCCGCUCCAGAGGGUACAUCCAGCACGCCAAGGCGGCCGCUGGCGAACAAGUGCUCAUCGACGUGGGAGACAACCAACGGCCGCAAGCACAGCCGCUCAUGUUCUCGUAUAGGAGCGAUGACCACAAGAAUCGCGCUAACCUCAAGAUCGGCGACUCGGAGUGGAGCAAGUCACAGAGCUUCGACGCCAUCGGAAGCACGACCGAGGUUGUCCUCCAAUCGCCGGGCCGCAACGCGGAAAUCCACGUCGGCAUCAAGGUCGAGUCGGGCGAGGGCAAGUACAAGAUGACCAACGUGGUCACCUUCACGCCGAGAUACAUCAUCCAGAACCGGCUGGGCGAGGACCUCAACAUUCGCGAACCCAGCUCGUCCAGCCUCAUGUCUCUCAAGGCGGGUGCCCUCCAGCCGCUGCAUUUCCUCCAGCGGAGCGCCGUAAAGCAGCUUUGCCUGUGCUUCCCAGGGGUCAACAACCAGUGGACCGCGCCCUUCAACAUCUCCGACGUGGGGACGACGCACAUCAAGAUUGCCAAGGCGGGGCAGCGACAGAGGCUGAUACGCGUCGAGGUCCUGGUCGAAGACGCGACCAUCUUCCUGCACCUGAGCGUGGAGACGAAGAACUGGCCCUUCUCGAUGCGGAACGAGAGCGACACCGAGUUCACCUUCUUCCAGGCGAACCCCAACCUCGACGAGGAUGGCGCCGAGGACCGAUCCGGGUGGAGGCCCAUCAGGUACCGCCUACCGCCGCGUAGUAUCAUGCCGUAUGCCUGGGACUUUCCCGCCGCGAAGCACCGCGAGAUCUGCAUCAGCGCCUUCGGCAAGGAGAGACAUGUCAAGCUCGCCGAGAUUGGCAACUUGAUGCCUCUGAAGCUCACGGCCCCGUCGGGACAGGCAAAAAUCAUCGACAUCAACGUCGCUGCCGACGGCCCCACGCAGACCAUGAUCCUGUCCAACUUCAAGCAGUCCAAGAGCUUGUAUCGCCAGCGAUCCAAUGCCGGGUCCAGCACGAGCCAGGGCGGCUUCGAGGCGAAGGAGCUCAGCACCGGCAUCACGUUCCAGGCGCAGUUGAGGCUCUCGGGAGUAGGCAUCUCCCUCAUCAACUCGCAGCUCAAGGAGCUCGCCUAUGUCACGCUGCGAGACAUCCAGCUCCGGUACAGCGACUCGCCGCUCUACCAGACCGUCAGCAUGUCGAUCAAGUGGAUCCAGAUAGACAACCAGCUCUACGGCGGCAUCGUCCCCAUCAUCCUCUACCCCAGCGUGGUCCCGAAGAGGGCGCAGGAGAUUGAGGCGCACCCGUCGGUGCAUGUCAUGGUCACGCGCGUCAAGGACGACUCAUACGGCGUGCAGUACAUCAAGUACGCCACCAUACUGCUGCAGCAGAUGACGCUCGACCUCGACGAGGACUUUGUCUACGCGCUCCUGGACUACUCCAAGAUCCCCGGCGCGACGUGGACCGAGACGGAGGAGGAGGGCCGGCUGUGCGACGAGAGCCUCGACAUCCCCGAGCCGAAGCUGCAACAGUCGGGCCAGGACUUUUACUUUGAGCUACUAAAUAUCCAGCCCAUGCAGCUCGAUCUCUCGUUUGUGCGGACCGAGAGGGUCAACGUCGAGGCCAAGACGUCGUCGCGGAACCCGCUCAUGUUCUUCCUCAACGUGCUCACCAUGGCCAUCGGCAACGUCAACGACGCGCCGGUGCGCCUCAACGCGCUGAUCCUCGAGAACGUGCGCGUGUCGAUCCCCGUGCUGACGCAGAACAUCUCGAACCACUACAGCCAGGAGGCGCUCUCGCAGAUCCACAACAUCCUCGGCAGCGCCGACUUCCUGGGCAACCCGGUGGGGCUGUUCAACAACAUCAGCUCGGGGCUCACCGACGUCUUCUACGAGCCGUACCAGGGGCUGAUCAUGUCGGACAAGCCCGAGGACUUUGGCAUCGCGCUCGCCCGCGGGGCGGGGUCGUUCGUCAAGAAGUCGGUUUACGGGUUCACCGACUCGUUCUCCAAGUUCACGGGCUCCUUCGCAAAGGGCCUGGCCGCGGCCACGCUGGACAAGCAGUUCCAGGACAGGCGGCGCAUCACGCGGGCGCGGAACCGGCCCAAGCACGCGCUCUACGGCGUCACGGCGGGGGCCAACUCGCUGUUCACGUCGGUGGCGUCGGGGGUCGGCGGCCUGGCGCGCAAGCCGCUCGAGGGGGCCGAGCAGGAAGGGCCGAUGGGGUUCCUCAAGGGCGUGGGCAAGGGCGUCAUCGGGCUCGCGACCAAGCCGGCCAUCGGCGUGCUGGACCUCGCGUCCAACGUGUCCGAGGGCAUCCGCAACACGACGACCGUCUUCGACGGGUCCGAGCUCGACCGCGUGCGCCUCACGCGCUACAUCCCGGGCGACGGCGUGAUCCGCCCCUACUCGCAGCGCGAGGCGCUGGGCCAGUUCUGGCUCAAGCAGGUCGACAACGGCAAGUACUUUGACGAGCAGUACAUUGCGCACCUGGAGCUGCCGCGCGAGGACAUGGUGGUCAUGGUGACGUACUCGCGCAUCCUGCUCAUCCGCAGCCGCAGGCUCGCGUCCGAGUGGGACGUGCCGCUCAGCGACGUCCAGACCAUCGCCAAGGAGCGCACGGGGCUCAGCCUGACGCUGAGGGGCGGGACGAACGGGCCGUUCAUCCCCGUCGGGGAGGAGAGCGGGCGCGCCUUCCUGUACCGCAUGGUUGCCGUCGCGGUGGAGGAGUUUAAUCGGAGGUUUAGGUGGUUGGGGUAG